UCAUUUGAAAAUGCUGUUCUGUUCAGCACAUCGUUUUGCUUGCCCAUCAUGUUAAUUCUUUGCUCCAUUCGGGAGCUGAAGGUCUUAACAAUCCCAUCGACAUUUGCCAACUUGAUUUAUUUGGUCGGCAUUGCCAUUACUUUUCAGUACAUGUUCAAUGACUUCCCAAGUUCUUUGUCGCAUGUACGCGGGUUCUAUCUGUCCGGAAUGCCUCUUGCAUUCGGCGCCAUUAUGUUCUCGUUCUCUGCCGUUCUGCCCAUAGAAAACCGUUCGAAGUUUCCGGGUGACUUUAUCACUUGGAACGGCGUUGUGAACACUGGCAGCGCGGUAGUGACUAUUCUGUAUCUAGCGGUUGGCUUCUAUGGCUACAUCAGAUUCGGUUCCAACGUCGCACCCAGUAUCACCCUGAACUUGCCUAUGGAUCAACCGUUAUACCAAACCGUAAAAAUGCUGAUCGCGAUCGCCGUUAUUUUGUCAUACCCUGUUCAGUUUUACGUACCGAUGGAGGUAAUAUCACGCAAGAUCCAGCGAAUGUUCCGAAACAACCGGAAAUUGUACUUGUUCGUCGAAUAUUCGGUUCGAUAUGUACUGGUACUAAUUACGUUCGCAAUGGCCGAACUGGUGCCGCAGCUUGGCUUGUUCCUAGCCCUCGUCGGAUCGCUGACCGCCUCUAUCCUGACGUUCAUCUUCCCGCCUGUCAUUGAGGCCGCGUGUUGCUAUAACGGUAACUCUCGCGACCCACAGUGGAUAUGGCUGAUCGUCAGGAACACUGUUGUCUGCCUCUUCGGAUUGAUUGGGAUGUUCGUCGGUAGUGGUACGGCAAUCGUUGCGAUCAUCAAUACAUUUACUAGUGCCAAGGAAUAA